CCCCGCCUCCCGCCGUCUCCACCCCCGUAUGGCCUCUGUAAAAACCCGGCGGUCUGUACAGUACAGCCCGCACCGCACGUUGCAAGCUCCCCUUUCUCGUCAGCCGUCACAACUGGGCAUGCUCAUUUAGUCAGGGCUGGGUUUUCCCCCCCUCCCUUCUUGGUCGCAAGUAGCUUUUCCUUCCCCCCCCCCCUCUUUUUUCCCCUCUUCUGCACUACAACGGCUCCCCGGCUCCCGGCGGCUGGCCGGCCCUCCCUCCCUCCUUCCUUCCCUCUUCCCUUCCCUCCCUCUCUCUCCCCCCUUCCUUCCCUCCCUCCUUCCUUCCUUCCCUUCCCCUCCACUCCUCUGCCGGCACAGUGUCGCGUAAACCUGUUUGGUGAGGCGCCCGCCUGAAGGCGCAGGGUCGGACCGCGCUCGCGGCUGCUGCGUUGGGGGGGCCCGAUUCUCACUCCUUGGCUCCCGGGAGCCCCCCUGCCCAGAGACAGACAUGUAUUCGGGAGCAGGACCCGCACUUACGGCUCCUCCAACACCACCCUCACCAAUGCAGGCAACAUAUACCUUUAAGCCUCCACCUAGACCAGACUUUGGGACUUCUGGGAGAACAAUCAAGCUGCAGGCUAAUUUCUUUGAAAUGGACAUUCCAAAAAUUGACAUCUAUCAUUAUGAAUUAGAUAUCAAGCCAGAGAAAUGCCCUAGAAGAGUUAACAGAGAAAUAGUGGAGCAUAUGGUCCAGCACUUUAAAACACAGAUCUUUGGGGAUCGUAAACCAGUAUUUGAUGGAAGAAAAAACCUCUAUACAGCAAUGCCUCUUCCCAUUGGGAGGGAUAAAGUGGAGUUGGAGGUCACAUUGCCUGGAGAAGGAAAAGACCGGAUAUUUAAGGUGGCCAUAAAAUGGAUGUCAUGUGUGAGUCUACAAGCUUUGCAUGAUGCGCUCUCCGGUCGCCUGCCUAGUGUCCCUUUUGAAACCAUUCAGGCAUUGGAUGUAGUGAUGAGACAUUUACCAUCCAUGAGGUAUACACCCGUAGGGCGAUCAUUUUUUACUGCAUCAGAGGGAUGCUCAAACCCUCUUGGUGGAGGAAGGGAAGUUUGGUUUGGAUUCCAUCAAUCAGUUCGACCCUCACUUUGGAAAAUGAUGUUGAACAUUGAUGUUUCAGCAACAGCCUUUUACAAGGCACAGCCAGUAAUUGAGUUUGUUUGUGAAGUUUUGGAUUUCAAAAGUAUUGAAGAGCAACAGAAACCUCUGACAGAUUCCCAAAGGGUAAAGUUUACCAAAGAAAUCAAAGGUCUAAAGGUUGAGAUAACACACUGUGGGCAAAUGAAGAGAAAAUACCGUGUGUGUAAUGUCACCAGACGACCAGCAAGUCACCAAACAUUCCCACUUCAGCAAGAGAGUGGCCAGACUGUUGAAUGUACGGUGGCACAGUAUUUUAAAGACAGACAUAAGUUGGUUCUACGUUAUCCUCACCUUCCAUGUUUACAAGUUGGACAGGAGCAAAAGCAUACAUACCUUCCUCUUGAGGUAUGCAACAUAGUGGCAGGACAGAGAUGUAUAAAGAAACUGACUGACAAUCAAACCUCUACUAUGAUACGGGCAACUGCAAGAUCAGCACCUGAUCGGCAAGAAGAGAUCAGCAAAUUGAUGCGAAGUGCAAGUUUCAAUACAGACCCUUAUGUUCGUGAGUUUGGCAUAAUGGUUAAAGAUGAAAUGACAGAUGUCACUGGCCGGGUCUUGCAGCCACCAUCAAUCCUCUAUGGAGGCAGGAAUAAAGCAAUUGCUACACCUGUCCAGGGGGUUUGGGAUAUGAGGAAUAAACAGUUCCACACUGGAAUUGAAAUCAAGGUCUGGGCGAUUGCUUGCUUUGCACCUCAACGGCAGUGUACUGAAGUCCAUCUUAAGUCCUUCACAGAACAACUCAGAAAAAUUUCAAGAGAUGCAGGAAUGCCAAUCCAGGGUCAGCCAUGUUUCUGCAAAUAUGCCCAAGGAGCAGAUAGUGUUGAGCCUAUGUUUAGGCACUUAAAGAACACGUAUGCUGGACUGCAAUUAGUAGUGGUCAUUCUGCCUGGGAAAACUCCUGUCUAUGCGGAAGUGAAACGUGUUGGGGACACCGUGCUGGGCAUGGCCACACAAUGUGUUCAGAUGAAAAAUGUGCAGAGAACCACGCCACAGACUCUGUCAAAUCUUUGCUUAAAGAUCAAUGUCAAGCUAGGAGGAGUAAACAACAUCUUACUUCCCCAGGGAAGGCCUCCAGUAUUUCAGCAGCCUGUCAUCUUUUUGGGUGCAGAUGUCACUCACCCCCCAGCAGGAGAUGGAAAAAAGCCUUCUAUUGCCGCAGUUGUAGGGAGCAUGGAUGCUCACCCCAAUCGUUAUUGUGCAACAGUACGUGUUCAGCAGCAUCGGCAAGAGAUCAUCCAAGAUUUGGCUGCAAUGGUCCGAGAACUCCUUAUUCAGUUCUAUAAAUCAACACGCUUCAAACCAACUCGCAUCAUCUUCUAUAGAGAUGGUGUUUCUGAGGGACAAUUUCAGCAGGUUCUUCAUCAUGAGCUGUUGGCCAUCCGAGAGGCAUGUAUUAAACUAGAAAAAGAUUACCAGCCUGGAAUUACAUUUAUCGUUGUUCAGAAAAGGCACCACACCAGGCUUUUCUGUACCGACAAAAAUGAACGGGUUGGAAAGAGCGGAAAUAUUCCAGCGGGGACAACAGUAGACACCAAAAUUACCCACCCAUCUGAAUUUGACUUUUACCUGUGCAGCCACGCUGGUAUUCAGGGAACAAGCAGGCCUUCACACUAUCAUGUCCUUUGGGAUGACAAUCGUUUUUCUUCAGAUGAACUACAAAUUUUGACUUAUCAACUGUGUCAUACUUAUGUGCGCUGUACACGCUCUGUGUCCAUCCCUGCACCAGCCUACUAUGCGCACCUGGUGGCCUUCAGGGCCAGAUACCAUUUGGUGGAUAAAGAACAUGACAGUGCCGAAGGAAGCCACACGUCUGGUCAGAGUAAUGGCAGAGAUCACCAAGCACUUGCGAAAGCAGUACAGGUUCAUCAGGACACGCUGCGUACCAUGUACUUUGCUUAACAUGUUUUAGUGUUUAGCGAUUUAGUACAGAGUUGGAUUCACAUGAGACCAGCUACACUCAGACCAACUGUUGCCCAGCCCUCCCAUGACAGCCAGCAAGGAGCAGGAUGCAUCUAGGUUCUUUUCCAUGUGCAAGAAAGAAAGCCGUCCCUGCAUUAAGACUUGGAUUUUGAGCUGCAGACCUGUAAAACUCCCCUCCCCCUGCCCUCAUCUUUCACUCCCAUCCCUGCCACUGUUGGGAAUGUGGUUUGCCAAAAUCUAUAGGCUGCUUUUUCAGAAAACAGACCCAAGUUUCCUAAAAUUAAUUCAAGAGCUAUUAUCUCAGGGCUUUAAAAACAAACAAACAACAAAAAAAAAAACCACACACAAACAGACUUUAUUUUACCUGUCAUUCAAUUUACUUGUGAACAAUCUAAUGCACCACAAAAUUGAUGGAAUUCAAAAGCUGUGACUUUCCUUAAAGAGUACAAAGGAACAAAAACACAGAACACUAUUCUGGUUUUAAAGCCUUGGCUAUUCCGUAUGCAUCCACUAGUUUUAUUUUCAAAGGCAAACUAGUUUGCUCCCAUUGUCACUUAUAACCAACUUUCUACUAAGCAAAUGGCAAAUUUAUUUUCUGAGCUUUGUUCUCCAAUGCCUCCUUUUCUCCUGCGUUAUUGAUGUUUUUAUUAGAUUAAAAUACAAAACUCUUGCCAGGAUAUAGGACAUGUUGAAAACUUUUAAGAGGUCCGAACAAUUUGGCAGAUAAGUGCCAUUUUAAUAAAAUUUUGUAGGAAAAAAGAAAAAAAGAAAAAAAGUACCGACAGCUAGUCAUAGGAUUUGUCCUCUAGGACUGUGAUACUUACUUUCCAAAGUCUCUAAAGAAUACGGGUCUGUGGUGAUAAAUACAGUACAAUCCUUUUUCACUGUUAAGUCUUUAAUGUUAAAAAAAAAAAAGAUUAUAUAUGGUUAGCAGUAUUAAUGUGAUAGGUUAGGCUCUGUUAUUUUAUUUGCCAAGGGGUGCUCCUCAUAUUUUCUGUUUAACAUAUCAAGAGCAUUUUGGAUUCUAGAAAUGAAAACCACCACAUCAUGUGGAUACUAAUGUUUGAGUACAGGAAUAUGCAAUUGACUUUAAUGUGACAGAGAUCAGAGAGGCAUAUAAUUAGUUGGGUAGUUUAACCUGCAGUUCCAGAAAUAACAAGUGUGCCCAUAACACAGCAAGCGGUGUUUUUCCAUGAACAGUUCUGAUGGGCACGUGCCCUCCCUUCUCCAUGGGUUUAAGCACAAAAUGGAAUUUAUUUAUUCUUUUGAUUAUUGGGAAGCCAAAAGAUGUUGAUGUUCAGGAAAGCAGUUUGGUUUUCUGGUUUUAUUAUGGAAGUGUCAUGGAAUCUAUGCAGUAAAAUAUCUAGGAAAUCAUUGCCGUUUACUUGUGGAGAAAGAUUAAUCUCUCUGUUAUGCAUUAAGUCAAUAGUAAGAGAGAUUUGGCCAUUCUCUGAAGAGAAGCAUUAGAAUCGAUAAGUACGAGGCAUUUAUAUUUCUGUCAGGGUUUGCACACUGGGGUCACUCGCAUCUAUUACAUGUAUAAACCAUUGCACUAAUAACGAUAUAUCAUGGACAAUUUUGAGGGGAUACAAACAAGAACACUGUUUUGUGCUGAUUUGCUUUUUUUUUUUUUUCCUAUGCUAUAUUUUAAAGCAACUGAUCUAUGUUAAAUGUGUAGACGUAGGAGAAAAGUAAUCUUUGCUUCUUCACCCAUUAAGCUUUCUCAUUUUGUUCUACCAUUGAACCACAUUUACCUCCAGCCAACGUGGCAGGCAACCAGCUUAUUUGGAGCUAUGGACUGGACUGUGGUGUAGGCUCCUAAGUUCUCUAUAUUUGUUUUUUUUUGUUUUUUUUUUUUACUGGCUAUGAGUUUGGGGGAUUUAACCACACUUCAAGUUAUAAUGAACACCUUGCCCAUGUUAUUUUGGCUGAAAUAACAAAUGGAUGAGUGUUAUUUACAUAUCUAUAUAUGUACGUGUGUGUGUUUGUGUGUAGUGUGGGUGUGCUUAUCUUCUAAUGGCAUUAGUCUUAUCUUGCUGUUUAAGUCAUUCGCUGUAUCAUUUUCAUUUUAUAAAAAAGAAAAAAAAGAAAAAAAAAAGAUGUUCCAGAAGAUUCUACAGGAAAUGUCGCCAUUCUCCUUCCCUUUUAAUGGUUUAUGGCACUUUACCUAUUUUCAGAGGGGUAAAAAUUCAUUCGUGGCUCAAGUUUUAACCUGAGUUAGAGCCUAAAGAGAAAAAUCCUUUCUUGUACCAAACGGGUAGGAACCAAAAUCAAAUUAGUUCCAUCCUUUUCUGAAAGUACCUGUGGGCUCUAUUGAAGUUUAUUAGGUUUAGGAAGAAACCUGCUUUUCGCACUGAUAGGAACCGCAAGGAAAUUUUGAGGGAAAUGGACAAUAAAAAGGGGGAUGGGGGGGGAAUACGUUUCUAAGCUAGAAGUACAUUUGUAAUUGCUAAUCAAGCACAGACUCAUAGAGAGUUCUUCUAGGAUGUUCCUGUCAAUAUUUCAAAGGGGAUAAUAUUUUCUUAAAAGUGGGCCUAAAGGACUUUAAGAAUUAUUCUAUCGGUCUGUGCUAUAUAACUGCUUUUGUAAGACUUUUUAAUAUUCAAAGCAUUAAUAGACCAAAAUAUCUCCAGUAUGUUUGUAAUCCUUUGGUUUUACAAAAUUAGAAUGGCUCUAACUAGUACAGUCUCAGGUAAUAGUUUGUUUUGUAAAAGUUCACCAGUUAGGGGUUUUUUCGGGGGAAGGGAGGGGAUAUAAAAUUUUUAAAAUAAUUUCUCCUAAAAAUCAUGGAGAAAAAAAUUCUCUAAACUAGUAAUGAAUUUCAUGGCUGUAUAUAGAAUUUUUGAAGAUGAAAUUUAAAAGCAAAACUCUCUUCACAUAGUGGCCAAAAGGUAUUCCUUUCCAAACAAUUAUUUCUGGUAGUGUUUAUACAUAAAAUGACCCCAAAAUAUUGUGAAUAGGUGAACUGUGCUUUACCCAAAGUGGUGUUGCUAGUGAGCACACCCAUCAAUUUCCUUAAAGUGAAUAUCCCUUGUUCCCAUCAUUUGUGAUUCUUUUUUCACUUAGCAGGGUGUAUCCCUCCUACCCCCAUCCCCAGUCUGUCUUUGCUUUUUUGCCCUACCACUCUCAAAUAGGUGUACCUCACUUUAAGUAAACUGGGUAUGUGAACAGUGAUAUAAAACCCCCAGUGUGUGUGUUUGUGUGUAUGUGUGUGUGUGUGCACACACACGCACAUACACACAAAAGGUAAAGUUUGAUUGCUUUUAAAAAGAUUUCAUAAUAGAAUUGUUUUUAAUAUUCACAAUAAGAUUCCUUUUAAACAUUUGUAAUGUUUUGGUUUACAAACAUUCUUAUUUACACACAUUAAUGAUGGUGAUACCUCACACUUAUAUAGUGCUUUACAGUUUACAGAAGUGCUUUCACAACCAUCUCAUUGAUCCUCAUAAAAACCUAGUGAGAUCAAUAUGGACAGGUAUUAUUGUAUCCAUAUUACAUAUGAAGAAACCUGUAUCUAUAAAAAGCUGUGUUAAAUGACUUGUCCCAGGUCACACAGCUAGUAGGUAGUAGAGCCAAACUUCAGGUCCAGAUCUCCUGACUGUAGUGCUCUUUACAGGAAUGUGUUCUUUCCUAAUGCUGCCUACCACCUUUAGUUAAUGAUCUGUAAACCAAGACUUAAGUAGACUUGGGAAACAUAUUUAAAGGAGCCAGUUGGAAGUGAGGGGAUGAGUUCUUUUGUCAUGCAAAAAUAUCCCUUAAUUUGUCUUUGGCAAAUCUGGAUUUUCCUUGACUAUAUUUUAUGAAGUUAAACUAACUUGGCAUUUCAGGAUUAUGAAUUACUUUCUAUCUAAAGGCAUGUUUUUGCAUGUAAAAUUGUGAUUUCAUGGAUGUGGUGUCUCCAUUUUUCCAUUAAAAAUUACCUUGCCUUUUUAUAGUUUUCCCAAACUCAUUUUUGAGGGGAAACUCAAAUCCCCUUUGGAAAGCAACUUUGCACCAUUCAGACCCACUCAGACCCACAAGGACACUCAGAACAUAUAUCAUUUAUAUCAUUGUCUCAAUGUGCACUUUGGUAACAUGGCUUAAAAUUAUGACCAUCUGAGCCCAACUGUGACCAGUAAUAAUUACUAAUGUUUACCCAAGCUUUUGAGUAUUCAUAACAAGAGACCUGUUGGAUUUUGUUCCUAGGUUUUUGUUGUUUUUGUUGUUUUAAGAAAAGGUUUUUUAAUGCAGAAAUUGCUAUUUAUUUUCAAUAUAACACCCAAGUUUGAUUUGACUAAAGGAUCUACUCCAUUUCACAGCACCUAAAUUAUUUAUAAUAUAAAUUUUUAUCUCAGAUUUUAUCUUAGCAUAGGUCCUUUUAACUUCUAAGAAAGGAAAUCCUAUGAGUAUAAUUUUGCUAGGAUAGAGUACAAAACAAAUUUGGAGUCUUUUUUAUUUUUCAUCAAUUUGUAGUAAUUCAAACUUCCCUUUUGAAAUAUUUGCCUGUGCUUGAUCUUAGUAAUGCUAAAUUAGACCAGUCCCUUUUCCAUUAGAUUCAGUGUUGCAUUGAGUUCUUUAAGCAUUUGUCAUGUCUAGCGUUGGAAAGAACCUGGGUCAAUCUUUUUAUUUGAUAGAUGAGAAAAUGGCCUCAAAGUGGGAAAUGAUAUGACCAAAGUUAUGCUGUGAGUGAAAGGCAGAACCAGAAGAAAAACCCAGGUCUUCUGAUUUUAGUUCGUUGUUUUUAAGUAUUACAUUAACGAGGCUCAAUUAGAUGUUGUCUGGUGUUAAGCAUCACAUAACUUGUUAUUUGGUUUCUCACAUUAUCUUUAGAGCUGGAAGGAAACUUACAGAUCAUUUAGUCCAAUUGCCUUCCUGUCUCUCCUCCUCGCUGCCCAGAAUCCUAUCAAUGAAAAAAAAAAAAUCAAGACUUCGAGUUGUGUGUGAUUUUUUUUUCCCCCCAUGGUCACAGCAAUAGCAAGUAGCAGAACCAAAAUUCAAGUCUUAAGUUUUAUCUCAAAAUCCAAUUUCUUUCUUCUCUCCUAUUAUUUCAUGCUAUAAUGACUAGGAUCUCAACUCUUGUCAUAGUUUCAGAUCUCUUCAAUGGUAGCAGUGGAUUAUUUAAAUGGGCAUUUUCCUGUAUUUAGUAUAAUUCAGUUAGUGAGUAUAUGUGGAAAAGUUUGGUUACUGACUUAAUACAGAGGGCCAUUCUAGUGGCCUAGACAAGCCAUAAGAAAUUUUUAUGUGAUCUCUUCUGAACUAUAUCUUUCUCCCACAAGACAAGGAAUGUACAUCAAGUGAAAAUUUUCUUCUCUUCAGGCUACUCCCUUUCAAAAUACAACUUGCAUUUAUAUUUAGGUACUUCCCAAAGCAAACUGCUCCCUAGUAAUUUAACUGGCUGUUUAGGCUGGCAUAACUUUUUUUUUUUUUCAAUUUAAACAGUAUGCGUCUGACUUUUAUAUUGUGGGUGUUUCUCCAUGUGCCCCAAAAUACACACAUGCUGUCUGUUUUAUAAGCAAACCUUCAACUCAAAAUAAUUGCACUGAUUUUUUGAGAACUUCCUUUUUACUUGUGUCAGAUCUUUGUCAUCUGCUGUAGAUGUUUGAAAAAGAUUGUAUAUAAUGUUAUGAAUUGCAGAAAUAGAAAUGCUAUCACUGAUGUACUUUGUUUUUGUGAUACUGCCACAUUUACAGUAUUAAUAUGUUAGAACCGUGUGGGUUAAAAUUCUUUUAUUCUCUUCAAUUUGUGUCUGAUGACAUUUCAUGAAGGAUGAAUUUGUUUCUUUAGAAGGAUGUCUUUCAGUCUUUGUUUCUAAUACAUCUCCAUAAGAUUUAAAAAAAAUUUUUUUAAAGAUAUUUUCUUUCGUAUUAUCUGUGGCUGCAAAACUUAUUUUCUUUAAGCCACUUCAAGCACUUGGUCAAACUUUAUAGGAAAGCAACGUUCACAAAAAAUUGGGCAGCUCUCUUUUACCUAUUUUGAGUCAGUCAGAAGCAAAAGCUAUGGGUUUGGCAUUCUGUUCAAAUUGAUUUUUAUUUAAUCUGUAGGUGCUCGAGAUCCCAGAAUUACAGUAUUGCUCAUAUAUGGCAUAUGAUUUGAUAGCUACAUAUCUACUCUAGCUCUAAGAGAUUAACUGAUAAGCUUAUAGUUGUGUUGGAAUGUCUCAGAAAUCUAAAUGGUUUCUGAAUUCUAAAUUUUUUAUUUUUGCAUCUGUUGAUGUAACAUGGACUCCGUUAUGUUCUUUAUAAUCCUGCAUCUUUGGGUAUGUUUUUGCCAUUUAAUUGUCAUAAGUGAAUGUAUUGGUUUGGCCAAAUCACUACAGUUGGUGGUUUCCAAAUAUCUCUUAGAUAGAAAGCAGAUGCAGAUAAAGGCUACCUCUGACUUUUUAAAUAAAUUCAUGAAAAAUAUAACAACACUGAAAACAGCCAAAUUAUUGCCUAAAUAGACUGAAUUGUGAUCAUUCAGUCCUGACUUGCAAACUCCUGUGCCAUACUGUGACCCUUCAGUAAGCACUCAUCUCUCUAGCUGCCUCAGAAAGCAGGAAUGAAUAGUGUUGAAGCCUUUUCUGUCCAAGCUGUUCUCCCAGAAAUCAGAGCAGCUGCCCUCGGAAGGCUGACACGUUUGUUUGGAUUCAGACUUCCAUGUGGCAAUAUUGUGAAACAGCCAGCACUCUCUUGAUUGGGGUUCAUUUUCCUGUUUCAAACACAAAAGCACUUUUUUCUCUAUUCUACACUUAAGAAUAGGUUGACAAUUAUUCCCAUCUUCAGUCAUCCCUCACUCCUCUUCUCCACCUAUAUCUUUAAGUCAGAUGUUUAAAAAAAUUUUUAAUAACUGAAAAAAAAAGAUAAACAAAUUGAUUUUGCAUGAUAAAAGUUUACCUGAUUCCCUACUCAAAACAAAUCAAAAUUGCAGCAGCAAAAAUCUCCUUUGUUUUUCUGUCCUGGAUCUGCUAAGAAACAGGGUUCUUUAUUUAAAAGGAUGGGGGUGGCAGUAGGAAAUGGGGGUGAAUGGUGGGAAGUCAAUAUAGGGAAAGGCCUUUAGGGCCUUAGUUCAGCUCUUGAAAUAUGAAUGUACCCUUAAGGUGCUUUGAAUGCUCAGAAACAAAACUAUAGAAAGUCUGUGCUAAUAGUAUAUAUUCUUUUGUUUACAAUAAACCUAAAUAGGCUUCCUUUCGCUUAAACUCCUUUGCUGUCAGGAAUAUUCUCAUUUAUGUGUGCAUAGAAUUCUAGCUUAAUAUUUUAGUAAGACUUCUUUUUAUAAUCAGCUAAGCAUAAGGUGGAAUUUCAUGAUUUUCUCCUAAUUUUGUGGGAUUGAAAACGAUCAUUUAAAUAUUCCUGUUAUUGAGCAAUCUCUUCAUAAAGAAAUUUGAUUGCAUGGCUCUAACGAAGGACGAAUAGAGAAAGCUUUUUUGUUUAAAAGCUCAAUUCUCUGUUGACAUUUUGGAAAAGAGUCCCAAGUAUACUCUUAACUUAAAUUACUUUCAUAAAACCAAUUCUUUUUUCAAGCCUUUAUUGCUCAUUUUGGCCACACAUGCACACAUUUUAAUUCUGAAAAAGAUGUGUCUUUAGUAUGUGUUUUUUAAAUAUAAAAGUAUAUUUAUCUUUUACCUGUCUUAGAACAUGGUGGUAGCACUAUAUUAUAUAUAGAUUAUGAUGUAAAGAAUUUAAACUUUUUUAGCAUGGACCCCUGGGCUUUUCUCUUUAAGGCCUCCAUGUUAACAUCUGUUCUCUUGUCUCUGUGGCUUAAAAGGCCAAAGAGGUCUAGCUGAUGAUUUGUGGAGACAAAUACUUUUCCUUGUUGAAUAGGGAUUGUUUUUUUUUUCCAAAUUCAGAUGUCAGCCUGUUGCAAAGGUCUGCCUGUGGAAAGACCAUUUAUCAGAAACUCUUGAUAUUGGCCUUUCUCAUUAUUUAUGUGUGAAAUACUAGAAUAUCACGUACAAUAUCAGCAUGUACAAGACACCUACUCAAUUGAACAUUUUACCAAGCACUUACUAUGUGCCAAGACCUUUGCAUAAGGCCUUGUGCCCAGCACUGAGGAUUAUGAUUAUUUGUCCAGUAUGUAAAGAAUGCUAAUUCAUUUAUUUGGCUAUCAAUGUAACUGCACCUUAGGAGAAAAUGGGGUGAGCUUUAAGGGCUUCGGGUGGGGGGCAGAGUUAAUAUUUGGAAUAUUGUAUUCAGCUAAUCAGAAUCAUUGCUUUAAUGGGGUGGAAGGUGAGCACCUCCUCCCAAGGCCUUAGAUGAGUACCAUUAUCAUUCCUCCCCUUUUCUACUUUGUGUUCUGAGAUCUAACCUCAAAAUAAGAUUCAGCCCCUGAAUUACUAUGGUUUUCAAAACUGGGCCCUUGAUGUCCUUUCCACAAAAAUCUGGGGGGGUAGGGCUAUACACAGAGUGGGAAGCUAUUGAUAUAAUGCGUCAGGGUACAAAAUGUUCAACUCAAAUUUCAAACUACUUGUUUCCUAGCCUUAUAAAAUAUCAUCCUACAGAGGCCCCAGGUCUGUGAAUUUGGAAUAAUGCUAGCUGUUUCACAAUUGUAAUUCUCUGAUGUUCUAGGUGCCUGCUUCUUUCAGUCCUUCUGACUUGCUAAUUCAGUGGGUUUCUGGGACAUUGCACGACCCAUCUUUUAGCCAGGUAUUGACCAGUAGUCAUCAGUGAAUUCAUCUCCCGAACAACUAAUGGUUGUUUUGUUCUGAUACCUAGAUGAGUCAUAGAAGAAGCAAAUGAAACAAUAAUUAUUUUUACAUGGAGGGUCAGGUACAUUACAUUGAGUACUGAACAUUAAGUCUGGAGUUUAAAUCCUGCCUCCUACACUUAUUAUGCACCCAAAUGACUGGGCAAGUUACUUAAAACUAUAUAUGAGCUUCUGGUAACUCUCUAGGACAUAUAUACUUAACUUUUGGUGGAGGUAGUGGAAAUCACAAAUCCUAUAGAUACUCUUGUUUAUAUAUGUAUAUGUGUGUGUAUAUAUGUAUAUCUAUGUGUAUAUAUAUACAUAGAUAUAUAUGUAGGAAUCAACACACUCUCUUGUUGUCUUUGUAAAAUGCUUCUGAAGACCUCAGCUGUAAGGUGCUAUUUAAGUAUGUACUAAAUAUUAUUCUUUACUGUUUGGGGUUUAACUUAGUUAUUGUUUAUCUUGCUAAUGGUGAAUGUUUUUUAAAUUACUUAUUUACUUUAAGUGUGGCAGUGGUAACUGAGGAGUUCAGAAACAGCUCCAUUUUUUCACUUCUGAAAUUGGAAUUGUGUUUAUUUUUUAAAAUCAAGUAUUAGCAAGUCCUUGGCUCUAGAGCUGAUUAAAAUUCAGAACUGACCAACUUAAAUCCGGCUUAGUUCAUUUUAAGGGAAUAAAGUGUUUAGUUUGCUUAUAAAAAGGACUAAUGAUGUUUAUUCUUUUCUAUCUUUUGCUCCUCCCCUCUACCUGAACCCCUUAACCCCAAAGGCCUUUUGGCUCCUAGAGAGGAAGUCAUUUGUUAAUUAAUUUAGUGACCCUUCUUUCUAAGCAGAAUGUACAAGUAAGACCAAAAGAUUACAGGGCAGCUGAUUGACUCUAUACAUAACUCUCUUUAUAGCAAGAGUUAGUAUAUGUAUAUAUGAGUUUUGAGUCCUGGGUCUAUUAGGGAAUUUUAAUAUAGCUAAGGAAAGUAUAAAGGGAUAGUGUUUUAUAAUUAAAGAGGAAAAUGGGUUUUUAUGAAAAGCUAUUAUUUAAGUUUACAGUUAAGAGAAUACUUAUGUUUCUGUGCAACAAAGUGGUUAAUUACUCAUGCAAAAAAAAAAAAAAGAGAAUGUAGUUUUAAAAUCCAGACUUUUCUUACCUCUAGUACACUUCAGGUUCUUUAACUGACAUGUACUGAGGGGUUUUAACCCUUAGUUUUAACAGGUUUUCUAGUUUUAUUUUAUUUUUAUAAAAUAAUCUAAAAAGAACCAAAAAUUAAACUCUUUCAUAUGUGGCUCUAAUAUCCCACCCCCCCACACCACACCUUACUACCACCCAGGAAACAUUUUAGACAACAUUUUGAAUCAAAAUGUUUUCUCACCAUUUAAAGGUUUACUAUUUUCUAAGAAUAGAGCAGCUAAAAGGCCUCAUUUCAAGUGGUACUAAAUAUAUAUGGAUUAGUUUCUACCUGUUCCGUGGAUCUAUAUGAAGAUGUUUUGUGCUUGCAAUAGAGACCAUACAGUGCUGUUUUGUAAAACUGACAGUUCUUAUAUAAAUUGCUUUAUUUAUAUGCAUUUGCUUUCAUGUAUAAUUUUCAUUUACUACAUGGAUUGUAAAAGUUAAGUGUAGCAUAUUACAGUACAUGUUAAGUAGAAUUAAGACUUCAUGUAGUUGAAUACAUUGUAUGUAUCCUAAACAUGUUAAAUGCUUGCAUGAUGCUUAUGUGGUGACCCCACUUUAAAUUAAGCCUUAAUAUGAUGUUAAGUUUGUAAGCUUCAGAGUAUGCAAAAAUACUACAAUGAGGGAAUUAGCCUGUUCAACCAAGAAGAUACACAGUAAUUCAGAGAGGCUUCUCACCUGAGAUGUAAAGGGAAAUGUGUAGGCCUAGAGCUUUCUAUCUACACUGUGACUGACCUAGCUAGCUACUAGCUAUUGUUGUCCUUAGAUCUGUGUAAAAUGGGCCAUUGUGCAUUUCUAUGGCAGUCAAAUAGAAUGUCAUGUUCUGAAAAUUCUUGGAAUUUUUUCAGGGUUUUUCUUUUCUUCCUUUUGGUCUCAUUUUGCUUUAGUCUUUAAUUUUUUCAUUCAGAGAUUUAUUUAUGCCUAAAGUAAUGAUGUAUAAACCCUUUCUGAAAACCUGCUCAAGUUCUAAGCUUUCUUCAUGUAGUGCCAUCUGUCAUCACUUCUACAUACAAUUUUACACUGAAUUUUUUUUUUAAUAAAACAUUUUCAACUUGAGGUAAACAAAGUGGAGGGGACCCAGCUUUCUUUCUAAUGUGGAUCUACCUCAGUUAAACAGUUGGGUGCUAUUUAAGAAAAGUGUGGCAAUGAGAUUGGAAAAAGUGACCAAACAGUAAGGUAUGACUGUGCAUAUACAUUUUGACAGUUCUCUGGAAGCCAGACUUUCUGUUUAAUAACUAUCUCAUGUUUGAGUUCUCUGUUCUUUGUGCCUUUUGGUUUGAGUCCCAAUGCUUUUUUCAAAAUCAACAUAAAAAAUAAACUUAUUGCCAGUGAGGGAAAACAAGCCAAACUGGCUGCAACAUUUAGCUAUUUUUUCCCUAUCCAAACAUAGUAGAUCUUUUAUACAAAGAAAAAAAAAAUCAAGAAGCAAAAUUUGCAUUUCUCAAAUAAUAAAAUCCCCAACUCUUCUAUGCAUAUGUGUAAGCAAACUUUUGGUUUUGAUUAAUGCAGGUUAAAAAAAAAAAUCAGAUCAUCUGACCAGAUACAAAUGUCAACUUCUUACUCUGGUAGACCUUACAAGAGCCCUUAUCUAAGGAGUAAUAUAUGGCCUGAUGAAGUUUUUUCUCCUCUCCCAUUCUUACCCUCUGGAAGCUUUAAUAAAUAGUGAGGCCCAGGGAAGUUCAAGUGACUUGAUCAAGAUUACACAGAUGAAAUCUGAAUGAAUUAGUUUCCUAAUUCUUAAUCCAGUGCUUUCUGUCUGAGAGGCAGGGGGCCUAAUUAAAAAUGGGGUAUACUGGCUCUAGGUAACUAGCGACAUCUAAGAGUUGGCAUGUGUGUAUAUGUACAUAUGUAAGGGAAGGUGAGAAUAAAAUGUAAAGGAGAAUAAUUUUCCACGUUUUUAUAUUCAGCAAUCUACAACUCUACUUUUUUUCUAUAAGCUAUAUCUUUUUUACUUAAUUCUUUUGGAGAAAAACUUUUAAGUUAUUCUAUACAAUCUAUCUUCAAGCCUUUUACUAAUUUGACUUUAUACCAGUAACAAAUCCAGAGUAGGAAACUUUCCUGUAGCAGUUAGUUUUACAAUUUUUAAAAGGUCUACAUCAGAGUUGUAAGAGAACCGACAUUCCUUAGUGGCAGAACUUUACAAGGUUCUAUAAGGCUUUUUGCUGCAGAGACUCAGUGGGUCAAUUCCUCUGUUAGUGUUUUUAUAAAGAAAAAAAAAAAACUCCAUCAGGUCUAUACUUAAGCUAUAUUUUAUAAAGAGUAAAUCAUCCUUUAAUAUGCUGCGUGUUAAUGAUCAGCAUUGUUGCACUUUCUCAGUAAUAAUGUAUGCCCUACAAUUGGCUCCUAGACAAGGACUUUAAAAUUAACUUGUUUUGUGUGUGUGUGUGUGUGUGGUGUGUGCCUGUGUGUAUGUGUGUUUUUUAACAUAACAGUAGUACUUUGGGGCAGAUGACAAAAUUUAUAGGUACCUCAAGAAAUUAAGAGCCUGAAUAUGCUGCAUUUUGUUUCUUUCACUUUUACAUGUAGCAAUGUGUUCUCUUUCAUUACCUUGUUUAGUCUAUGAAUUGCUAACUGUGUUGCUUCUAGGAUCCCCAGAGGAUGUUGCAAGGCUUUUUAAAAGUUCAUCUUGCAAGUUGUAGUAUCCUUUUAAAUUUAUUCAAAUGCAGUUGCUGGUUCAAAGAUGUCACCCUGCAUUGUAUAGUGUAGAAAAAGAUGUUUCACACAAAAGGACUUGAGCAAAAGGAUACUACAUUUAUAAACAGACAAUAAUGUUCCUAAUCCCUUCUGCUCAUGCUGCUUUCUUGAUUCUUUUCUCAAUAUCAUCAAGAGGUUGGUAGCUAGCUGGUUUCUAAAUUCAAAAAUUAAAUCAUGACUAUUUUGGUACAUAUACACUCUAACAUACACACACACAUACGUGCACACAUGAAUCAUAUAGCUCAAAGUUUGAAAAGAGCCUUUGCAAAACUCCAAUUUGAGCAAGUAGCCCCAAAGGUCAAUGCUGCCAUUAGAUUGCCUCAUCAGCCUAGUUAAUCUAAAGACCUAGUUUCCUAUGUAGUCCUCCUUCAACUGUGUUCCAUUGAAUUCAACCAAUGUUUUAAGUGUCUAUCAUGUGCAAAGCAUUGUGCUAGACGCUGGGGAUAUAAAAACAAAACCAAACCCCCAGUUCCUGCCCUGAAGGAGCUUACACUUUACUUCCCCUGCAUUUCUUAGUCCCUUGCCUCCAAACUCACCCCAAGAAAAAGUGAAUCCAAAAUAAGUAGAAAUGGGGAAUUGUCUGGUUUGAGAAAAGAGAAACUGGUGAAGAAAGCUCUAAGGCUGUGAAAUUGAGCAUCUAUUGUCAUGUUUAAGCUUUGAUGGGUCCUUUCAAGCUUGUUUUUUGCUUCCUAGGUUAAAUAGUUUGCACUACUUUUGCAAUAAAUUCUUGGAAAAACUAACAGUUAUUUUGUUUUGUUUCUUACUGUGUGUGUGUAUAUAUAAACUAAUCCUAAAAAGUUAGCAUAGUGUUUUUUUUCCACCUCCGUACAUAAUUCUUAAUAUGCGCAGAAUGCUGUAAAUCUGAUAAAAAAAAAUAUGAUGUGAAUGAUAUUUUAUAAAGUUAUUUUGUAUGGUGUCAAUUUUGUUUUGCCUCAUAGUACGUCAGCAAAAAAAUAAAACUCCUCAUAUUUACGAUUA